AAUAUUCUUAUAAUUUAUACGUAACUCGAAUACCUAUUUGUGAAUGGGUUCUGAAGAAGGCAUAACAAUGGCGCCCGAGAAAAAAAAAUCAAGCAAACCACUCACAAAAAAUCAUUUAAAUAACAAUUUAGUGACACUGAAAAAUGGCACAAAUCUAGUUCUAACUGCUGAACAUGCCUCCAUGGUUCGAAAGAGGGAAACUAAGGAAAAAAAACAUUAUAGGCUGGAAAGACUUGAUAAUCCACUUGUAUUGACAAAAUGUAAACUACCAUUACGGCCAUGUAAUAAUGUAGUUUCAGCAGGUUUUCCACAAUAUAUUUUUGAAAAUCUGUCAAAGAUGCAAAUUUCAGAAACCUUUCGAAUUCAAUCAUAUUCAUGGCCUGCCAUAUUGACCAAUGAUUCUUUAAUUGUCAUAAACGCUCCUAAGACUGGAAAAACAAUUGGUUACUUGCCUAGCAUCUGUUCCUAUGCAUUGCUUGAUGAUAUUCAAGCAAAAAAUCGUUGGUUAAGCCCCAUUGUAUUAAUUUUAGCCCCAACGGCGUCUGAAGUAGAUGAUAUUUAUAAUUUUAUAUGUAGGAUAGAUGUACAGAAAAGACUUCAAACUACAAGAGUACAUCAGUGGUUUAACAAACCUGUGGCGUUAUCGAAUGGAUGGGAUAUAAUAAUUGCUACCCCAUUGGUAUACUCCAAACUAUUGGCUUAUAAUUCAGUGACGACCCUUAAAGCUGUGGAUAUAGUUGUGCUUGAUAAUGUAGAGUUAGAUUGCCAAUAUGUUCAGCAAAUUUUAAAUAGUUGUGAUGCUCGUAUAAAAGCUCAACAAGCACAAUUGAUUGUCAUCUCAGAAAAUUUCAACAAUUAUCAUGAUAUGGUUCUAAAUCGUUACGAUGCUAACAUUUUGAUCGGUGCUCAUCUGGAAUCAGCAAUUUAUGGAGGGGUUCAAUUUGUAUUUAAGGUUUUGUACAAAAGUAAAAAAAAAGUUGCAAUAGAAAAUAUUUUGUCAGAUUUAGAUUACAGGAAAAUGCUUGUGAUUUGUAAAAAUAAAGAUGAAGUAAUUUCAGUUAGUGACCACUUGACCUUGCUAUCAGUAACCUGCUUAAAAGCACACGAAGAUACUGAACAUUUAGAUUUAGAGCGUGUUUAUAAAGUGUGGCAUAGAGAACGUUCAGAUAUGAUUUUAGUUUGUACUGAUCACACAUUCCCAGAUUUAGAUAUUACUGAUGCAACAACUAUCAUCCAUUACUCUUUACCGUUAACCUGGACUGGAUUCACACAUCGUUACUCUUGUAUGAUCAAUAACUUAAGCAGAACUUCUAACAAACCAAAAUGUUAUUCAUUUCAUCUGUUAGACGAAGACACAGUGAGACAGCUGCCACGAAUUAUAUCUUUUGUCGAAAGACUAGGACAGCCUGUUGAUGAAAAUUUAAAAUCAGUAGUAGAACAAGAGAUGGAAAAACAAGAAUAUGAAAAAGCUUUGAGCGGUAUAGAUUUGUGUGGAAGUAUGUUAUUACUGGGACACUGCGAUAAGAUUAAUUCUUGUAUCAAUAGGCAUAAAAUGACAUUGUAUGAUGCACCUAGAGAACAUCUGCCGACUAGUGGGGAAUUGAAAUAUAGAAUUCUUAAAAUAUUAGGUGUUGAUUAUUACAUGGCUUUGCUUCUUAGUUUUCGCAAACCAGGCAAAAGAGAGUGGGAGGAUUUUGAAAGUGAAACAUUAAAUUCUGCUAUGUGUUCGUUGUAUUACAAUAAUUUACCAGACACUGCUGUAAUAUCAGCACAAGCUAAGAUAGGACAUAUUUGUGCAGUCAGCAUGGGAGGUGGUGUCUAUGAGCGUUGUGAAAUAAAACAGGUGAAUGAAUCAGUAAGAAAAAUGGCUCCUACUACAGUAAAUAUAGAGCUUAUAGAUCGAGGUAUAAAGAUAGACAAAAUUAAUGUUAAUACGUUAUUAGAACUUCCUGAUCAUUUAAAAAAACCAUCAUUUAUAGUGACAAUUAGACUUGGUAACAUCAAACCUCAUGAUGAUAAUAAAUGGUGUGAUAUGGCCAAUAUUUCUGUAAAAAACAUUCUAAAUCUACCAAUAUCCGAUGAGGAAUAUUUUACUAGCAAAAUCUUAUUUGUUUUACAAAAUCACAUUUGGGUGAAUGAUAUAUGUAAAGGACAUGUUCUAUCGGGUGUGGAAGUGUGCACACAAUCCUUAAGAAGACAAAUUUUAGACAAAGAUAUUGGUGUACCAAAUAAUAGUCAAGUUGAGCGCUUAUUGACUUUAUACAACGACACAAAGAAGAAUGUCAAAAAUGAAGAGAAAAAUAAUAAUCAAGAUACGAAAGAAGCAAGUGAAGAAACAUUGCAAGAAAUAAAAACUGAAACUAUUGCUAGUGACAAGAUUGCUCAGAAAAUAAAUAUAUUGGAAACUGUAGUGAAACAAAAUGAUAUUUCUCCAUCUAAAUCUUCAGUAUUGGAGCGAUUUAUGAGAUGGGCAAGGCAAAAGGCAGAUGAGUCUGUAAAACAACAAAUAAUACCCGAUGAAAUUAAUUUGGAAAUAGGUAACACUUAUGAAGGUUAUUUGACUGUUGCUUACGAUGAUGAAGAUGUUACAUUUUAUAUACAGUUGAAUGCAAAUAUUGAUCCUUUUAAUAAAUUGAAUUCAGACAUUGAGGAAUUCACGAAAACAACUGAUAAUUUGAGGCAUUUUGAAAAUGCUCAAAUCGGUAAUUUUUGUUUAGUCAAGUGUGAGAAUAAUAUAUUCAAUAGAGCUAAGAUUUUAAAGUUACCAAAUGAUGCCAAAGAUGAAGAAAAAGAUGAAAACAAUGCGCAAGGAUAUGUUGUCUAUUUAAUUGAUUAUGGUGAUACAGAAACUGUUCAAGAAGUUUUUGUUAUUGAAAAUGAUUUACUAAAACUUCCCCAGCAAGCUGUUAAAUGUAAAUUGCACGAUUUAGUUAUAGAUGUUACAGUUAUUGAAGAUAUUGUAGCCAUGCUGUAUGAGCAUAGCGGUACCAUCUGGUUUGUAUCUGUUAUUGAUAUUUUAGAAGACAAAACUUAUAGUGUGAAAGUCGAAAAAGCUGUGAAUGAGAAGAUUGUAUGCUUGAAUGAAACAGCUGCUCGCUUCUGUGAAAAAGCUGAAAAACUUUUCCAGAUUUGUAGUGCACCCAAGAAAGACAUGUCAUUAGUUUGGAAUAUUUUAGCUGGCUUAGACGAGGACAGUGAUUGUCCUGAAAAAAUAUUUGAAGAUCUUAAUGAACUAAUGACACUAUAUGGAACACAAGUUGAAGACAAUCCAACUCCAAAAAUUAUAGAAAUCAAUGAUGAAUCUACAUCAGAAGAGAUACCAAAAAUAGAUCACUCUAAAAAUAUUUCAUUUCCUCCAGCUGCACCAUCGAAUUUAACUCCUGUUCACAACAUUCCAAAUGUGAUAUGGUCCCAAGACGAAAUUGAAAUAAUGCUUAAAUUUCAGACACCUGAUGUCGAUAAAUAUACCUUACGAGUUACAAUGAGGCACAUUUAUUUCAAGACAGUUGCAGGAAACGGCAUUACUUAUGAAUUUGCAGUGAAGCUUUUUGGACCAGUGGUGCCUGUUCUCACAAAACACAAAGCGUUGGGUCCUUAUGUUUAUGUCGUUUGUGCCAAACUGGUUUCAAGGUACUGGACUAAUUUAUAUUUAGGAGACCACAAGUUGAAAUUCAUUACUCAUGAUCAUGAUUGGAAGGUUAUGGAAUUUUCGAAGAAGGACAACAAAAGUAACAAACUGAUAGAUUAUGAUGAUGUUGAUGAAAUUGAUCUUGAAGACAAUGAUGAGGGUGACAGCGAUGAAAUUGAUUUGGAGUCUGAUGAUAAUGAAAUACUUGAUAUGAUGGAUUGA